AGGAAUUCCCAAUGAGAGGCGAUGGGGGGAAGUUUGGGCAACUCGGCCUGGCCAAUGGAGAGCCUCGGGAGGGCUCUGCCCCUUCCCCCCGCCCCCGCCCGCCUCGGCUCCCGCAGCGCGAGUGUGUCCGCUUAGCUCAGUGUGCGUGGAGAUUAGGUUCAAGCGCCCGCCCAGAGGCAGGCAGUCCGCGAGCCCAGCCGACGCUGUCGCCGCCAGUAGCAGCCUUCGCCAGCAGCGCCGCGGCGGAACCGGGCGCAGGGGAGCGAGCCUGGCCCUGCCAGCCCAGCCCAGCCCUACUCCCUCCCCACGCCAGGGCAGCAGCCGUUGCUCAGAGAGAAGGUGGAGGAAGAAAUCCAGCCCCUAGCACGCGCGCACCAUCAUGGACCAUUAUGAUUCUCAGCAAACCAACGAUUACAUGCAGCCAGAAGAGGACUGGGACCGGGACCUGCUCCUGGACCCGGCCUGGGAGAAGCAGCAGAGAAAGACAUUCACGGCAUGGUGUAACUCCCACCUCCGGAAGGCGGGGACACAGAUCGAGAACAUCGAAGAGGACUUCCGGGAUGGCCUGAAGCUCAUGCUGCUGCUGGAGGUCAUCUCAGGUGAACGCUUGGCCAAGCCAGAGCGAGGCAAGAUGAGGGUGCACAAGAUCUCCAACGUCAACAAGGCCCUGGAUUUCAUAGCCAGCAAAGGCGUCAAACUGGUGUCCAUCGGAGCCGAAGAAAUCGUGGAUGGGAAUGUGAAGAUGACCCUGGGCAUGAUCUGGACCAUCAUCCUGCGCUUUGCCAUCCAGGACAUCUCCGUGGAAGAGACUUCAGCCAAGGAAGGGCUGCUCCUGUGGUGUCAGAGAAAGACAGCUCCUUACAAAAAUGUCAACAUCCAGAACUUCCACAUAAGCUGGAAGGACGGCCUCGGCUUUUGUGCCUUGAUCCACCGACACCGGCCCGAGCUGAUUGACUACGGGAAGCUGCGGAAGGAUGAUCCACUCACAAAUCUGAAUACGGCUUUUGACGUGGCAGAGAAGUACCUGGACAUCCCCAAGAUGCUGGAUGCCGAAGACAUCGUUGGAACUGCCCGACCGGAUGAGAAAGCCAUCAUGACUUACGUGUCUAGCUUCUACCACGCCUUCUCUGGAGCCCAGAAGGCGGAGACAGCAGCCAAUCGCAUCUGCAAGGUGUUGGCCGUGAACCAGGAGAACGAGCAGCUUAUGGAAGACUACGAGAAGCUGGCCAGUGAUCUGUUGGAGUGGAUCCGCCGCACAAUCCCGUGGCUGGAGAACCGGGUGCCCGAGAACACCAUGCAUGCCAUGCAGCAGAAGCUGGAGGACUUCCGGGACUACCGGCGCCUGCACAAGCCGCCCAAGGUGCAGGAGAAGUGCCAGCUGGAGAUCAACUUCAACACGCUGCAGACCAAGCUGCGGCUCAGCAACCGGCCCGCCUUCAUGCCCUCCGAGGGCAGGAUGGUCUCGGACAUCAACAAUGCCUGGGGCUGCCUGGAGCAGGUGGAGAAGGGCUAUGAGGAGUGGUUGCUGAACGAGAUUCGGAGGCUGGAGCGACUGGACCACCUGGCAGAGAAGUUCCGGCAGAAGGCCUCCAUCCACGAGGCCUGGACUGAUGGCAAAGAGGCCAUGCUGCGACAGAAGGACUAUGAGACUGCCACCCUCUCGGAGAUCAAGGCCCUGCUCAAGAAGCAUGAGGCCUUCGAGAGUGACCUGGCUGCCCACCAGGACCGUGUGGAGCAGAUUGCCGCCAUCGCACAGGAGCUCAAUGAGCUGGACUAUUAUGACUCACCCAGUGUCAACGCCCGUUGCCAAAAGAUCUGUGACCAGUGGGACAAUCUGGGGGCCCUAACUCAGAAGCGAAGGGAAGCUCUGGAGCGGACCGAGAAACUGCUGGAGACCAUUGACCAGCUGUACUUGGAGUAUGCCAAGCGGGCUGCACCCUUCAACAACUGGAUGGAGGGGGCCAUGGAGGACCUGCAGGACACCUUCAUUGUGCACACCAUUGAGGAGAUCCAGGGACUGACCACGGCCCAUGAGCAGUUCAAGGCCACCCUCCCUGAUGCCGACAAGGAGCGCCUGGCCAUCCUGGGCAUCCACAACGAGGUGUCCAAGAUUGUCCAGACCUACCACGUCAAUAUGGCAGGCACCAACCCCUACACAACCAUCACGCCUCAGGAGAUCAAUGGCAAAUGGGACCACGUGCGGCAGCUGGUGCCUCGGAGGGACCAAGCUCUGACGGAGGAGCAUGCCCGGCAACAGCACAAUGAGAGACUACGCAAACAGUUUGGGGCCCAGGCCAAUGUCAUCGGGCCCUGGAUCCAGACCAAGAUGGAGGAGAUCGGGAGGAUCUCCAUUGAGAUGCACGGGACCCUGGAGGACCAGCUCAGCCACCUGCGACAGUAUGAGAAGAGCAUCGUCAACUACAAGCCAAAGAUUGAUCAGCUGGAGGGCGACCACCAGCUCAUCCAGGAGGCGCUCAUCUUCGACAACAAGCACACCAACUACACCAUGGAGCACAUCCGUGUGGGCUGGGAGCAGCUGCUCACCACCAUCGCCAGGACCAUCAACGAGGUGGAGAACCAGAUCCUGACCCGGGAUGCCAAGGGCAUUAGCCAGGAGCAGAUGAAUGAGUUCCGGGCCUCCUUCAAUCACUUUGACCGGGAUCACUCCGGCACACUGGGUCCCGAGGAGUUCAAAGCCUGCCUCAUCAGCUUGGGUUAUGAUAUUGGCAACGACCCCCAGAAGAAGACAGGCAUGAUGGACACGGAUGAUUUCCGCGCCUGCCUGAUCUCCAUGGGUUACAACAUGGGAGAAGCAGAAUUUGCCCGCAUCAUGAGCAUUGUGGACCCCAACCGCCUGGGGGUAGUGACAUUCCAGGCCUUCAUUGACUUCAUGUCCCGCGAGACAGCCGACACAGAUACAGCAGACCAAGUCAUGGCUUCCUUCAAGAUCCUGGCCGGGGACAAGAACUACAUUACCAUGGACGAGCUGCGCCGCGAGCUGCCGCCCGACCAGGCUGAGUACUGCAUCGCGCGGAUGGCCCCCUACACCGGCCCCGACUCCGUGCCAGGUGCUCUGGACUACAUGUCCUUCUCCACGGCGCUGUACGGCGAGAGUGACCUUUAAUCCAUCCCGCCCGGCCGCCGUGGUCUUGUGCGCCGUGCCCUGCCUUGCACCUCUGCCGUCGCCCAUCUCCUGCCUGGGUUCGGUUUCAGCUCCCAGCCUCCACCCGGGUGAGCUGGGGCCCACGUGGCAUCGAGCCUCCCUGCCCGCGAAGUGACAGUUUACAAAAUUAUUUUCUGCAAAAAAGAAAAAAAAAGUUACGUUAAAAACCAAAAAACUACAUAUUUUAUUAUAGAAAACGUAUUUUUUUCUCCACCAGACAAAUGGAAAAAAAGAGGAAAGAUUAACUAUUUGCGCCGAAAUGUCUUGUUUUGUUGUGACAUAGGAAAAUAACCAAGCACAAAGUUAUAUGCCAUCCUUUUUACUGAUUUUUUUUUCUUCUAUCUGUUCUAUCUGCUGUAUUCAUUUCUCCAAUCUCAUGUCCACUUUGGUGUGGGAGUCGGGGUAGGGGGUACUCUUGUCAAAAGGCACAUUGGUGCAUGUGUGUUUGCUAGCUCACUUGUCCAUGAAAAUAUUUUAUGAUAUUAAAGAAAAUCUUUUGAAAUGGCUGUUUUUUAAGGAAGAGAAUUUAUGUGGCUUCUCAUUUUUAAAUCCCCUCAGAGGUGUGACUAGUCUCUUUAUCAGCACACACUUAAAAAUUUUUUAAUGUUGUCUAUUAAAAAUAGGACAAACUUGGAGAGUAUGGACAACUUUGAUAUUGCUUGGCACAGAUGGUAUUAAAACAACCACACUCCU